AUGCCUCUUACCACAGAGUACUACUCACUAACGAGUGGAAGGAGGUCAAGAGCACCCGUUGAUGAGAUCAAGAAACCGCGUUUCCUGGCUCUCAAGGAAUUUCGGUGGGACCGGAGGUUGAGGAGUGACGACACUUCUCCCUCAGCGAAUAUACCCACCGGUAUCCUAGGCCAGGGCUAUCACAGUGGCCGUGGCUACCGUGCAGAGCUUCAGGCGGAGUAUCCCGAAUUCCAACCCCCGAAACAUGGCUGGUUCACACUGAACCAGGGCUGGGAAAAUUCCACGGACAGAGUCGUGGACAUGGUUGAUAGUUAUGGGGGUGCUAACCUUCCUUCUAGGGCGUAUGAUCAAACUGGAUCCGACAAGAGCGGUAUGGGCCGCGGCAUCGUCUUCCUUGCUUGGGGAAACUGGGCGGCGAAGAGAGUCGUCCAACUGGAUAAGGUCAGCUGA